AUGUCCGACAAGCCGCAGAAGCCCCUCCCCUUCGUCUACCAGUUCGCCGCCGGUGCGGUGGCUGGUGUGUCUGAGCUCCAGAGCGGUGCCGCUACCGCUGGUGCCGAGCACUACAAUGGCAUGGUCGACUGCUUCCGCAAGAUCAUCAAGCAGGAGGGCUUCAAGACCCUGUACCGUGGUAUCUCCGCACCCAUCCUGAUGGAGGCCCCCAAGCGUGCGACCAAGUUCGCUGCCAAUGACAGCUGGGGUGCCUUCUACCGCGACUUGUUCAAGGUGGAGAAGCAGACCCAGAGUUUGGCUGUUCUAACCGGUGCCACCGCUGGUGCCACUGAGUCGUUUGUUGUUGUUCCCUUCGAGCUGGUCAAGAUUCGUCUGCAAGACAAGGCUUCCGCCGGCAAGUACAACGGUAUGCUUGAUGUUGUGAAGAAGAUUGUGCAGACUGAGGGCCCAUUGGCCAUGUACAACGGUCUCGAGUCGACCCUGUGGCGUCACAUCCUCUGGAACGCCGGUUACUUCGGCUGUAUCUUCCAGAUUCGCUCACAGCUGCCCACCCCCGAGCCCGGCAACAAGAGCCAGCAGACCCGUAACGACCUGAUUGCCGGUUCCAUUGGUGGUAUCGCUGGUACUCUCCUCAACACCCCCAUGGACGUUGUCAAGUCCCGCAUCCAGAACACCACCAAGGUUCCCGGCCAGAUUCCCAAGUACAACUGGGCCUGGCCUGCUCUUGGCACGGUCAUGAAGGAGGAGGGUUUCGCCGCUCUGUACAAGGGCUUCGCCCCUAAGGUGCUGCGUCUCGGACCUGGUGGUGGUAUCCUGCUUGUCGUCUUCACCAAUGUGAUGGACUUCUUCCGCAAGAUGCGCGACGAGUAA